AGGCAGUCUGAGCUGUACCAGAGCAUCAGAAGCAACCGAGCCAUCUGUACAACAAGCCAGCUUAAUCAUGAAGUUCCUACUCCUGUGCACUCUCAUCCUGGGCCUCGCCUUUUUCAUGGCUUCUGCUCUGCCCCACACCAACGACAACGAGGCCCCGAUGAAUGAGCAUGACCAUCACCAUCACCAAGUGGUUCGCAGCAUCCACUACGCCGACGAUGAGAAGGCUCCGCCCAAGCACGAUGAUGUUGCCUGCUGCGGCUAGACUACUAGCUAAUAAAGACGAGACGGCAAUUUCAGCCUUCUUAAAACGUCUUCAAGUUUAAAUAAAGAGCAAUAUUGAAAAAUGUA